AUGAUCCUCUCUGAACUGAUAAUGGUGUCUGGGCAGUGGCUGCAGCAUCGGCAGGGGCCCCGUCUGGCUGUCGGGGCCCAUUUUGAGCGAGUCCGGAUCCCUCAUCCUUUGGCUGAGGCCAGGGGGGUGGGGGGGGGGGGGGGGGUGGGGUUGGGUGGUUAUGGAGUUGGUGGUGUUAAAGUUGGGUUUGGUGUUUUGGGGGGAUGGUGGGUGUGUAGUGUGUGGUUAGGAGGGGUUGUUGUUGGUGUUGUAGGUUGUUGUAGUUUUUUUGAUGAUGGGGUUGGGCAGUGCGUCUCGGCCGGCCUCGUGCCUCCUGAGCUCCAAGGCCUCGCUAGGCUUCAAAGCCGCGGUGUGAGGGGCUUCUCCGCCGGACUGACACCCAUCCGCCACCCGCAGCAGCAUCAGCACAGACUGGGUGUUGAAUCUGGGACUACCGCCUUUAACCACACCGCUCACGCAGGGCAAAACAGAGCCAGGGAGGGCGUCUGGCACCGGUCAGCGCCGAACAGCGAGCAGCCCCCUCCGGAGAAAUGGCACACCUACAGAGCCUCCAGAAACCAGAACUCGCGUCUGGACCCGGAGGAGAACUGUCACCAAACAGGAGCGCAUCGGCAAAGGCUCGUUCGGAGAGGUCUACAAAGGCAUCAACAACCGCACCAAGGAAGAGGUGGCCCCCCACAAGAUAUCGACCUGGAGGAGGCGGAGGACGCAUCGAAGACAUCCAGCAGGAGAUCACGUGUGCUGCAGCCAGUGCGACAGCCCGUUCGUCACCAAAUACUCGGAUCCUAUCUAAAGGUGUCAGACUGUGUUGAAGGUGUUCAAAGAUUGUUCAGCAACUCACUCAAGAUGAGGGAAAAGAGCAACAAGGGGAAAAUGCCCCCUCGGAAAUGCAACAUGUGUAGAGUAAUACAGGUUUCUCAGACGGAGUGUCUUCCAGUGUCUCGAGCGAGUGCAGUGCCAAGGUGCUGUGCUUGGACCUUGUGA